AUGGCGCGCUAUCAGCGAAUCUGUCGUCUUCAGUCAACGGCUUGCACCCUCUUAUCUCAGAUACUUUGCACCCCGGGAUCAAAGGCGGAUGCGAACCUGAACAAAGAAAGAAGGCCAGACCUCGGCUACGGUAUCAUCAUCAUCGUCAUCAUGUUGAAUUUUCCCGCCGAGCUCUCACCUCGGUUUGUAUUGCAUUGUAGCAGCUGGGUUCGUGUAACCAGCGUUGCUAAGCUGGAGAUAUUCAAGAUGACAUGCAAAAAUGCUACGAUCCCGCCCACAUCUCAGAUCUAA